AUGGAGCCCCAGGGGCUGUUCGGAGCAGAGGGGGAUUGUGGGAUGUUGGGUCUGCUGGUGCCCAGUCCCCAGAGUGAGGCGUUUACCCAUGAGCUGGAGAAGCUGUCCCUACAGCCCAGUAACAACCUACACCCCCUCAAUGAACGCAAGAACGUCCUUCAGCUGAGGCUACAGCAGAGACGUACCCGUGAGCAGCUGGUAGACCAGGGCAUAAUGCCACCUCUAAAGAGCCCAGCAGCAUUCCAUGAGCAGAUACGUAGCCUGGAGAGAGCCCGGACUGAGAACUUCCUGAAGCACAAGAUUCGCAGCCGACCAGAGAGAUCUGAGCUGGUCAGAAUGCACAUCCUCAAGGAGACUGGGGCAGAGCCCUCCUUGCAGGCCACCCAGAUGAAGCUGAAGAGGGCCAGGCUGGCUGACGACCUGAAUGAGAAGCUGGCUCAGCGCCCCGGUCCCAUGGAACUGGUAGAAAAGAACAUUCUGCCUGUAGAACCCAGCAUCAAGGAGGCCAUCAUUGUAAACUACCCCAAAGCACUGGACGCCUGCGGGUUUGAGGAGGACAGCGGGGAUGCCCCGUCUCCAGAGCAGCCGGCCAGCCACGAGUCCCAGGCCGCCGCACCCUCCCCUGGGGAAUCCCGGGCCCUGGAGACCCCCUGUCCACCACCGCUGCCCACCAUAACCAACAACCAUACCAUCCUACAGCCCUUCCCUGUUGUCACCCAGGCAACAGCAGACUUCCUCAAAGCUCUCUCCACCAAUGAGCCACCAGUUAGUCGCCCAGCUCCCGCACCUCAGCCAAUCACCACUGUUGCUUCUCAAAAGCCAGGGCCCACCCUAGUGAAACAGAGCCAGCCCAGGCAGCCCGGGGAGAGGAAUCACAGUAAGAAGGGCAAGGAGCCCAAGCCCCGGAUCAAGAAGUUAAAGUACCACCAGUACGUCCCCCAGGACCAGAAACAGGAGGCCAGCGAAGCCCCCAUGGACUCAUCCUACGCCAAGAUCCUCCACCAGCAGCAGCUCUUCCUCCAGCUGCAGAUCCUCCACCAGCAGCAGCAGCACUAUAACUACCACACCAUCCUCCCAGCACCCUUAAAGCCUGUAGCUGAGGGUCAGAGCAGGGCUGUGAACGGUCUGCCAACCUCUAUAGUGGUGUCCCUGCCGCCUGCCGUCACUGUCCCGCCUCCCACCCCUGUCCGCCCAAACAGCCUAUCCAACCGCAAGCCUGGCCACCUGCCCCCCAACCUGGAGGACAUGAAGGUGGCCGAGUUGAAACUGGAGCUGAAGUGGCGAAGCCUCCCUGUGUCAGGGACCAAGACUGAUCUCAUUGAGAGGCUGAGGCCUUACCAGGAGAGCACCAGCACCCCAGCUCUGACCCCCGGCCCGAACACCCUUCCAUCCUCAGUCCCCACGGAGGUUAGCUCAUCCCCCGCACUUUUCCUAGCUGCCCAUCAGUUGGCACCAGAGAGCAUGAGCUCCACACCCCCAGUAUCCCCAAUCCCCACAUACCUCUCCACCUUUAGAGACAACAGAGGGGUGUCCGAUCUAUUUUGCGACCCCCAGAGGGUUAGUCUCGGUCGUGCAGGCGUGGGGAUGUCCCCCCUGAGGCCGGGUGUCCCGGAGGAGAAUGACCCGCGGCUCCAUGAGAAGGAGCGUCAGAUCAAGGAGCUGAUGAGGAAGCUGGAGCAGGAGCAGAGGCUAGUGGAGGAGCUGAAGAUGCAGCUGGAGGUGGAGAAGACCCAGCUUCUACAGGGACCCUCUACAGACCCUGUCCCCAUGAUCCAGAUCUCCAACAAGGUCAAACUGGAAGACAGGGUCCUCCCUAACUGCUCAGCCAUGGUUACUGCAAACAUGGCUCUACAGACUCACCCUCACUCUCUUUCCACUGUGGUGAAGCUGGAGGAUGUGCUCUGCAACUCCCAGCCCCCGCACCAGCCCUACCUCACCCCCACCCUGCCCCAGUUCUUUAUCAGCCACCAGGGGGCAGUGUCCCAGGUUGUAGGUCAGCCUGGCACCCAGACCCUGCUUGCAGCCCAGGAUAGCACUACUCAGAUCCUCCUGCCUGUCCUCCAGGCUACGAUAUCAAAUCAAGCCCCAGGCCUGAUCCAGGCCUCAGUGCCCCAGGUACACACCACCAAGAUGGAGACUCGGCAAGCCUCAACUCAACAGCAGAUACAAAAUCAUAACCACAUGCUGCAGACUUUCACAGCGUGCAACGGCCCUGGCUCUGGGAUGGUGGAGAACCAGACAGGGCCUGACAUGCAUCCUCAGUGUUUCCUGAGAAGCUCCCCAGAUAACAGGCUCUCUCCCCGGGGGGCUUCACCCAACCCCAUCCUCUCCAAUGGGCCUGUCAACAAGUCCCCCUCUCCGUCUCCAUCCCAGCCCAGCUUCAUCCUCCAACCCUCCUCCCUCGUGACCCAGCCCCCCAUGACAAGGGAGCCCCCUCGCUACGAGGAUGCAGUCAUACAGACACGCAACCUGAAGCAGGCCAACAACCUCACACAGGUUUCCACGGCAAAUAGCCAGCAGAUGGACGACCUAUUUGACAUCCUGAUUCAGAGUGGAGAGAUCACUCCUUUCAUCCAGCAGCCGGACCUUCUGUCUCUCAGCACCAAGACUGUUCCUGUCACAGCCAACAUCACUACCCUCCCUGUCAACACCGCCCUGUCCAGGCCUCCUCCACAGAUCCAGGUUGCUCCCCCUCCCAUCUCGCCCGUCGACCCCCUCCAUCUCCCAAGCCUGGCCUCCAUGACCUCAGACAAGCUGUUGGAGGCCUUCCUUGAGGGAACCCUGAACGAUCUGUCCCCAACCACGGACCCCCGCACCCUGGGUCUGAUCGAGGAUCUGCAGUCCCAGCUUCUGGAUCAACCCUACUCCCCCAUGGACACCUCGGAGCUGUCCUUCUGCGACUCCAUGUCUCCCCCCUCCUCCCUCAAUAUGGGCAUGUCUGACACAGCCCUGGACAACAUGGAGUGGCUGGACCUAACCAUGCCGCCCGGCCCCGCGGGGGGGCUUACGCCACUGGGGAUUCCUUCAGACUUCCUGGAUACACACGACCUGCAGCUGCAUUGGGACUGAUGGAGAGAUGGCUGAGGACAAGGAUGGAGUGGAAAGGAGGAAAAGGAUGGAGGGACCGAGAGAAGAGGAGGAUAGCAGUGGUUGAGGAAAUGAAAAAGGAUAGAGGCACUCAACAUAAGAAAUCCGGACUUGGUUAGUCAGGUUAUAGUCCUGGUGCAUUUUAAAACUUUAUUUUUUAAUACAAAAUUGUCUUGUUUAUUUUUUGCUACCCUGUCCUAGGAUUGGCCAGCCGGUGAUGGGGGCAUUGGGUGUUGCUUAAUAGAGUAGUGGGGCCAGAGCCAAAUGAACAAGGAUGCAGACAUUAUGGAAAUAUCCUGUAAAUGAUGGAGAUAUUUCAAUCAGAACAAGGUUAGAUGUUCCCUCAGCCCUCCUGGAGUUUUCAUUGGGUUGAACUCCUGACAACUCCUGACAGUCAGCCUGUACGGCGGUCAGCUUGCCUUGCAGUGAACACGUGGAUGUGUUAACUUAGCAUGCGUUUCACAUCAGUCAUAUUACAGGGUCUUCAUCUACAGCCAUUUCUCUGUGGACGCAUGCUGUUUGGUUAUUACAGAUCUGUUGUACACAAGCCACGACAGACAGCAUAACUGACAGAUGUAAACCUGACAGAGUACAAGGCUGUGUUUAACACUGGUCUUUUAUUGCAACAUACCUAUAUUUGGGGUUUCUGACCCUUCUGAUACAUAUUGUAUUGGUUGAGACAGUUGGACUAUUUUAAGCAAUGAACUGAACUGACGACGAGAACAAAAUCACUCCUAUUGGACAAGGAGGAGUAGUCUCCUCCCACUAUGAGCUAUGCACUAAGCCUUACAUCGCCUUCAUCUCACAAGGAAAUGUGAAUCACAGAUAAUGAUUUUGUAGAUUUAAUGGUUUAUUGAAACAAUGUUGAUCCACUUGUUGGUUAUCUCAGUGUACUAGCGCCUUCAGUUCAAGUCUAAGUUGAUCCAUCUGAAUGUAAAUGGAGACUUUACAUUGUUGGCAGCUUUAUCUUCCGAAAGACAACUGAUGUAUCAGUGGAGAGGGACCAAAUAUGGUAUCACACAGGUACACUACAUACAGGUUAAUGUGUGUACUUACUGUAUGCUAGCCUGGUUCCAUCUCUGUUUGUGCUCUUGCCAACUCUGUUACUCAUUGUCAAGCCAGAUAUGUUUGGCAUAGCAAUGAGUGAGAAGAAGUUGGCAUGAUAGCCUGAGUGCCAGUCUUUUUGUGCCAACUGUAUUCUUCCGUGUUUGACAUGUUUUAAUGUGGCUGCAUGACCUCUGGAGAACAGAGGUGUUAUACUUUUCUGUCUGUCCUGAAUUCUGUCUGUCAACUCUCUGCACUUUGUCUCUGUGUGUCAGUGGUUCUGUCUCUGUGUGAGAAAGUAUGCAUGUGUCUAGAGCUGGGCGAAAUGGCCUAAAACCAGGGGCGCAACUUUGGUUUUAGAAGUGGGGGGGACAUAAUAAUGACUAUUAUUAUUACAUUUUUUAAUCCAGUCGAAUAAUCACAUUCAAAUGAUAAAACGGAGGGACAAAAAUGCAAUUUCAGAAUGUGGGGGAGACAUGUCUGGAUUUCAGGUCUGUCUAUAAAAAGGCCCUUUUUGUUACAAAUGUAACCAUAACCAUGCAUAAUGCACAUUCACUAAUCAUGUAGCAGGCAUUAUAGAAAAUGAACACGGGUCUCAAACAAUCUCUCAAGCACAAGCCCACGUGCUCGUGAGUAUUCAGCUAAUAUUUCUAUUUCAAGUUUAGCCAAUUUUGAUCUAGUUAUAAUUUGACCAGUUCUGAAUUCAGCUAACAAGUCAAAACCGUUGUAAUUGUUAUAAACACAACCUGUCUGUCUCCAACUGUUUGAACAGCAUAGUAGCCUGUCCACUUUGUUCAGAUGUUGAAAUCAAGUGGUCUACCUUAUUUUGCAGAAUGAGAAUGAGUUGCCAAAUCCUUAUAUAAUUGUUUUAUGUGUAUUGCAUAUUUAUAAAACACAGACUAAACAGCUAGUAUAGCAAUCUUUAUUUGACUAAAAUGCUGCUAGCGUUACCGUAAUGCGUGCAACAAACUGAGCAUUCAUUUUCCAGAAUGAAUGUUCAUUGUUACAUCUGUUUUAGAAGUGUCUUCUCUGCACGAAAUUUGAAGAGUUGAAACGGUUCGAAAGGUUUACAACUUCUCUAUUACAGUAAAAUAGUAUCUCCAUGUGUUUCGGUGUCCAUAUGACUGAUUUAUGUUGGACCAAACCUCAAAUGCAAAUAACGAGUUGAAACCAUUUGACAGAGAGGGAGAAGUGAUAUCUCAUCGUUGUUGUUGUGAGUGGUGGCGGGAGGUCCUUGGGAGAAAGAGGUGAAGCGAGAGGCUUCACUCUCGCCAAAAUCUAUCCAAAAUAAGCCCAAUGCAUUUCUAUGCGCUUAUUUUGAACCUGAGCUUGUCGCCUGCCUUCCCGCUUUUGUGACAACGACUCCCAUUGUUAGGGCUGAGACAUGAUGAUCUCUUCAUUAUAUACAGAUCUCUGGUGUAAAUGGGAAGGAGCGAACGAGACGAGAUCAAAAAGACAACAUGGGAACAAGCGGACAUAAAUGCUCAUAAAAAUGAAAAAUAAAACUUGAUUUAACUCGAAUUAAUGUUAAAAACAAGAAUUCGAUAUAUUUGCCCAGCCCUAUAUGUCUGUCUAUAAGUAAGAGUCCCUUAUGUCUGUGUGUCUGCAUGUGUGUCAGGGUGUCUUCUUGAAUGCACGUUUUAAUAAGUGUCUGAUAUCGGGCUAUAUUUGUCUCUGUCGCUGAGUUGGCUGCAACUCAUUUGAGUCCUCUUCAUUUCUAUGAAGUUGGACGUUCAUCAGACAGCACUAUCUUUGCCAAGUGAGCACAUUAUACAGGCUGAGAUUUUAAAAGGUUUGGCUCACAGAAUAGCUUUUCUCUGACUGUUCCAUCUGUCCUGUUUGGUUAUAUGGUCAAAACGCAUACAGACACCCCCAGUGGUGUGCCCAGCAUACAGGGUCAACUACAAGGGACUACGCUGUAGCUUCUGUCAUAGCUACCAUUUUGUGGAUGAAUUCUACCAUGAAGAUGAUGAUUAUAUGUAUGAAACAUUGAAACUAGGGUUGUGUGGUUCUUCUACCUGGCAUAGCAUGCCAAACGAGUUACCAAUAUUCAGUAUCUCAAUCCAAAUAUUAUUCUGAUCAAUAUUGUAUAGAAUUAAUACGGUUGUACUGUACAGCACUUUAGAAUACCAUGGCUUUUAUUUUUCUGUCAUUGUUCGAACAAUCAUUCUUAUCCAACAAGUCAAACAUGAAUAAUCACCUGUGGGCAGGUAAUAAUGCCAAAUACUGUACACACGGUCUCUGGCCAUUGGGAACCAAAUAUUCGAGCUAGUAAGGAAUUAUUUGUUUUUCAAUUGUUCAAUUGUUGCCUAACAUCAGUUAAUAUCUACUGUUGACCAACAAAAAUGAUCGUAUUUCUAAAAUGUUACAAAAUCAUUUUUAAAAAUCUGUAUAUACGCAAGAGGAAUAUUACUGUAAAUUACUGUAAAGAUUACUGGCCAAUUGUGCGCCGCCCUAUGGGACUCCCGAUCACGGCCGGUUGUGACACAGCCUGGGAAUGAACCAGGGUCUGUAGUGACGCCUCUAGCACUGAGAUGCAGUGCCUUAGACCAGUUGGUGCAUUUUUUUUAUUUUGUCAGUACUUUAGAACGAGAUGUCAGAGUACAGCAGAUUCGUCUUCAGCAACUGUCAUAUCAACAUGUUGAUCAUUGCAAGCAAAUAUUGAUUUGGGCCUACCUAAUUCUGUGUUUUCUGUACUGUCUCGCAUUCAACCGCUGUUCUUUGUCUGAAUUGUUGUAACUAGUAAGACAUCUGCCAAGUCUCUGUCAUCCUCUGUAUGCCAUACAUACAUUUUGCACAUUGUGUACAUAUUUAUAUAGAUGUCAUGCAUAUUUUUAUACAUGUGUAGCACAGCCAUGUGCUAUUUUGUAAAUAAUAUGAAACAAUAUGUUUAUAUAUGUACUGUAUGCUUUUAGGCGUCAAUA